ACAUACGGUACUCAACUUUCAAAAUGGCGACAUCCGUAGGAACCGGAAUUCUGAGGAGAGUUGCUAAUUUUGCCGUUUUCAAUGGAAAAGGAGGUCUUUACAGGGUUGCUACUCCCUCUCUGUAUGAAGAAAGGAAACAAUGCAUGAGCACAGGGGGGCGCGACAUUGUUCAACACAUGCCUCCUCCAGCAUGUUACGGAGGCAGACAUACAGUCACUCUCAUCCCAGGAGAUGGUAUUGGUCCAGAGCUGAUGCUGCAUCUCAGAGAAGUCUUCAGACAUGCCCAUGUUCCUGUAGACUUUGAAGAGCACAGUCUUUGUGGAGAGACCAACAAAGACAGUGAGGAGGUGGAAGGUGCUAUCAUGGCCGUCAAGAGGAAUGGGGUCGCUCUCAAAGGCAACAUCCAUACAGACCUUGAGAACUUGAAGCAUGUCGCUGCUAAGUCUAUGAAUGUCCAACUCAGAGUGGGCCUGGAUGUAUUUGCCAAUGUGAUUCGCUGUAAGUCUAUUCCUGGGGUGAAGACAAGACAUGAGGACAUUGACAUUGCCAUUAUCAGGGAGAACACUGAAGGAGAGUACUCCAGUUUGGAACAUGAGAAUGUUGAUGGAGUGGUGGAGAGCCUGAAGAUCAUCACAGAAAAACGAUCAAUGAGGAUCGCAGAGUACGCCUUUAAUUAUGCAAUCAAACAUGGCCGUAAGAAGGUUACCGCAAUCCACAAGGCAAAUAUCAUGAAACUAGGAGAUGGUCUCUUCCUCAACUCCUGCAGAGCGGUUGCAGCUAGAUAUCCGGAAAUUGAGUUCAAUGACCUUAUUGUUGACAACUGCUGUAUGCAGUUGGUAUCCAAACCCCAGCAGUUUGAUGUGAUGGUGAUGCCUAAUCUCUAUGGUAACAUCAUUGGUAACAUUGGAUGCGGACUGGUGGGUGGACCUGGCAUAGUACCAGGGCAGAAUGUAGGAGAAGACUAUGCCAUCUUUGAAACUGCCACCAGGAACACCGGAAAGACUAUUGCAGGCCGAAACCUUGCCAACCCCACAGCAACACUACUGGCUGGGGCUCUGCUCUUAGACCAUCUUGGACUAGAUAGCUAUGCCAAGGCCAUUAGGAGAGCCACAAUCAGGACCCUAACUGAAGAAAGGAUACACACCCCCGACCUCGGAGGUCAAGCUUCUACCAGUGAUGUCGUUCAGCAUGUCAUCAGUCUGGUUGACAAGACACAAUUAACAUCUCAAUAAAUAUAGAUUAUAAAACAACUAUUUAUAUACACUAUGGAGUUCAGUUUGUGAAGUAGAAAUGGCUCUUUUUGAAAGAUGUCGAUUGCUUGGAAUGUGUCACAAGAUCAUUAGGCUUGGAUACAGGCUGAAUAGUCCAUAUUCUAAUUAAAUUUAAACCUGAUGCUGGGUUUAAGCCCAGGGAGUUUAGACUGAGGUCUACUUUGUCCCAUUGUUUAUUACUGUAAUCCUGUUGGGUUAACUAAGUUAGUAGAAUAUGGGCCAAUAUAUCUAACUGGUUUGUGAGGUGGAAACAUAAAGUUGCUGACUUUACUAGUCGAAUAGAUGUUUCUUCAAGUACAUUCAAAUGAAUUUGUCAAGAUAUUUCAUUCACAUCAUGUAAAGUCUGAUAUAUCUGUGAAAAUCUAGAAAUUCUUUUGUAUUAUUAGUUGACUGAUUGAAUGAUUGUGCUGCCCAAAAGAUCCUCUACUCUACUCAGAAUUAGAAGAAGGCGAGCUACUCAAUCCUACAGCUGAAACUGCCAUAGGUAGUCAUAACCACCCAAAUUCAUUGUAUCAAGGUAAAUGUUUUGGCUGAGAAAAGCUCCUCUUUCUAGAUAUUCUGGAAAUGCAGAAUGGUUCUGCAAAGUUGGGUAUCAUGGAACAAUGUUUGUAUGAAGAUGAAUUAUGAAAAAAUGAUCAUGAAUAUCAUGUUUUUUGUUGACAUAAGUUCUUAAAAUGGGUUACCCACUUAAUGGCUGAUUAAUGAUUAUGCACCUUUUCUGUGAGGGAAAGAAGAUAAUAAGAUCUUACUGAGAGAGCAAAACAAACUUUAUACACAACAGUUUAUCUCUACUUGUAAUCGUAGUAUGAAGGCCCAUGUUGAUUGAUGAAUUGACCCACAAUUUCAGCAAAUGAGAGAUCAAAUCAAGUUAGUUUGAUUUUAUAAUGACAGGGUUUGAUGAAAUGAAGUAUCAUUGAUUUUCUUCUCUAAAUUUUGUUCACUUGAAAGAAUUAAAACAUUCAAGUUAUUAAAUCGCAGUCAAUCCCCAUACUAUUUCAUUUGCAGUUGCAUUCGCACAAAAUUUGUGGUAAAUGGCAUAUUUCCCAAUGCCCCCCCCCCCAUGCCAGUAUGUUCCUUUUUAAUUGUACAUGUAAUGUAGAUGCUGCAUGAGUUGUUAGGUGUACAUUGUAUGAAGAAAAACUUUAUGAAACAAGAAUGAGAAUAAUACAUGUAUUAUUCAUAAAUUAAAUACUGGCAUGUUACAUGCAAGUACAUAUUCUUUAACAUAUAAAUGUAUCUUACACUGUUCUCGUUCAUAGCAAAUGGUUUAUAACAUUUCAAUUAUUUGAUUGCGAGACUGAAACCUCUAUCAGGCAUGCCUCAUCUUAUACUUUAUAGAAGAAGGGAAUGAAAAAUAUAAACAUUGAAGUACACUGUACAUGUAAAAUGGAGAUGGUGCAUGUUUGUUUCAAUAUAUUUAUAUCUUUUAAUCCAAAAUCAUAGAGUGAUAUGCAUUCACAGUUUUGUGUGUGACUAGAGUACAAAGACAGAGAACUACAAUUAAAAUAUUUGUUUUUGUUUAAACAUUA